AUGCAGGCCUUGGAGUCCAGGUCACCAAACCCCAAAAUGGCGCUGUCACCUCUGUCUAUCUCAGCUAGUUUGACUCCAUCUUCUAAGGACAAAGAUAAGAAGAAAGACAGUGCGGUGGUUCUCCAGCUCACCAAAACCAAAAUGUGUGCCUUUUUCGAGAGAGGAAAGUGCUCCUCCGAGACCUGCAGGUAUGCGCAUUCACAAGAUGAGCUGCGGCGUGCUCCAAAUCUUCAGAAGACGAAGCUGUGCAAGUCCUUUCUACAGGGAAGAUGCAGGGAUGGCGAGAACUGUUCGUUUGCCCAUGGCGAAGGCGACCUUCGUGUGACGGAUGGAAUCUACAAAACCCAGAUGUGUAACUUCUAUGAGCGUGGUUACUGCAAGAAGGGUGACCGCUGCAAUCAUGCUCAUGGUGACAGAGAUUUGCGGCCUGCGGCCAGCCCACAAAAAACUCCCGUCAAAGAGAGAGGACAAGAGUGCUCGCUGCAGACACCGGAUGCACCAACACCGCCAAAGCUGGAUGUAGGAUUAGCGGGAUUUUGA